GCCAUCCACAUUAGCAUUUAAUAAAACAAAACCGGAAAUCUCUUUUUCAGCCGUGGAAGCUGAUGAAUGAAGCUUUUGCCUUAUCCCAUUUCUUGAGGUCGUGUUUUUGGCGUGAAUUUUCAUGGUCUCCUCCUAUCAAGGAAGGCAGAAUCCGGGAGUUAACGCCAGCUGCAAAGUUUUGGAAAGAGCCUGCAUUUUAGACGUAUCAUUUAUUAAGUUUCCUAAUGGAAAAGGGUGAAAAAGAAAGGAAAGAAAUCACGCCGCGAUGAGAGUGUCGAAGUAGCGACAACCACGCCUUGGGCUUUGUGGCCUUCUCUUUUUCCCCCCGUAUAAUAAUAACCCGCCGAGGAAUGAUUGUGUCCCGGGCGCGAGUGAGGCGCUAGCUAGCAGUGGGAAAAGUGCCCAGGAAAGAAGGGUUCUUUGGGUUCUUGAGAACCUGCGCGCAGAGAGAGAGAGAGAGAGAGAGGCAGAAGCAAGAAUGGAGGUGAACCUGAGAGGGGUGACGGUGGUGUUGGGAUGGUGCCUGUGUUUCGUUUUCGGGUUUGCGUCGUGCAGAUCUGGGGAGCGUCUUCAGGAUUUCGGGGAAAGAGAGGGGCUUCUCUCUUACGUGGAGAGCGAUGCGGUCUCGCCCGCCGCGCCGCAGCCUGUCCUGGUCGGCCUCACUCUCAUUGAGGGUGCUGCUGCCAAAGGAGCUGUCUGCUUAGACGGUACAUUGCCUGGUUAUCAUCUUCACCCUGGCUCCGGAUCUGGUGCAAACAGUUGGCUCGUCCAUUUAGAGGGUGGGGGAUGGUGCAAUACAGUGAGGAAUUGCGUUUACAGGAAAACUACUCGCCGUGGUUCAUCAAAGUUUAUGGAGAAGCAAUUGCCUUUCACAGGAAUAUUGAGUAAUAAACCUGAAGAAAACCCUGAUUUUUUCAAUUGGAACAGAGUAAAGAUACGGUACUGCGAUGGGGCUUCUUUCAAUGGAGCAGGCCAGGAUGAGGAUGCGAAGCUCUACUUUCGAGGACAGCAAAUCUGGUUGGCGGCAAUCGACAAGUUGAUGUCCAAGGGAAUGAAGAAUGCUGAUCAGGCUCUUCUUUCUGGAUGCUCUGCUGGGGGUCUAGCAUCAAUAUUGCACUGCGACGAGUUUGGCGGCUUAUUCCCAAAGACUACCAAAGUGAAAUGCCUAAGUGAUGCGGGGAUGUUUCUUGAUGCAGUAGAUGUUUCUGGAGGCCGUGCUCUUCGGAAUAUGUUCAAGGGUGUAGUCACCUUGCAGGAUGUGAAAGAAAAUCUGCCUAGUACCUGUACCAGCCAUCUGGAUCCAACUUUGUGCUUCUUCCCGCAGAAUUUGGUUGCAAACAUUAAGACUCCGCUGUUUCUUUUAAAUGCCGCAUAUGACGUGUGGCAGGUCCAAGAAAGUUUGGCUCCACGGUCAGCUGAUCCUCAUGGCACUUGGUCUGAAUGCAAAAUGAACCAUGAACGUUGUAAUUCAUCACAGAUAGAGUUCUUUCAAGAUUUCAGGAACCAAAUGCUCGAAGCAGUACACACUUUCUCGAGGUCUGAUCAAAAUGGUUUAUUUAUCAAUUCCUGUUUUGCUCAUUGCCAGUCUGAGAGACAGGACACAUGGUUUGCCAGCGAUUCUCCCCUUAUUGGAAAUAAGGGGGUUGCAGAGUCCGUAGGAGACUGGUUUUUCGAUAGAGAGACUGUUAAAGCCAUCGAUUGCGCUUACCCCUGUGACAAGACCUGUCACAAUCUGGACUUCACUCGCUAACUUGUUAGCAAUUUCUGAAGACUGCAAGAUUGGUUAAAUAAGGUGUUCAUGCUAAAUUGGCAGAGCAACAUCUUUAUAUAUGACAGAAACAUAGAAGGAAUUAUUACCAAGGAAGACUGAGACGAAAUGCAUUGUUUCGGGCAAGAGUUCUCUGAAUUGUUAUUAUUGAACUCGAGAACUCAAGACAAAAGUCAUGUUGGAUUCCAUUCUUGUGCGUAAAAACAAGAUUUAUUUCUUCUGAAACAAUGUUUAUGCUUUUGUCACUUGGUCUUAUUUAA